GAAAUGUUUCGGAAUUACCAAACAAAACAUUCUGAUUGAUCCAACUGAAAGUUUUAGGUACUUAGUUCAUUAACAUUUUCCAUAUUUCAGCUUUUUGUGUCUCCAAGUUUGUCUUGUAAAACUAUUUCCUAUCCAGCUCUCCCCUACUCUACUUCCUCCAAGAACACAAAAUUAAAUCUGGCCCUAAUACAUAUCACAUCUUCGUACCAAGACAUUACUACUCCAGGUCUCCAGUCCCAUGAGCGAAGAUGAUGCAUUGGCACAUGAUUCUGUACUAGAUAACACCAGAUGCCUUUGACAUGGUAUUGUCUAACUUACAUAUGAAUGUUGUGCUCUGUAGAGAAAUGGGAAGGCUUCAAGGGAGUGCUGCUUGCCAACCCCUUUCCAUAUGAUGACAUUUCUUCCAAAGGGAACCCUAGAUUCCAUCAUUAUAAAGCACGGCUGCAUCUCCCCAUAUGCUUAAAUAACACAAUUACUAUUUCAAUCUAUUUUUAAAGCUUCUAGGUGGAUAUCUACACUUUAUUUUCUAAACAUAAUAAUGUUUUGGGUUGCUUUUAUUAAUGGAGAUCCUGACAGGGCAUUUGUACAGCUCGUUGACUAUAGCUGCUAAUGAAUACAAAAGGAAAAACAAAGCCAGCUACUGACAGACAAUAUUAACUACUUUAAUGUAAAUUAUUAUUAGUUCUUGUCAUCGUAUAUAUGACACAGCAUUAAACAACUCUUUUACUUGCGCAGGCAUCUGAGCAAUAUUUUGUCUUCUAUGUGUUUAUGGCAGGCAGCAUCUCUCAGAUAGGGUAUGACUAUCCAGCAGCCCUCAUUCAAGCAAGACUCUCAUUGACUUCUGAGAUAAUUUUGUGUGCAGGACCAGUCCUUACUUUCUCUCCUACAGGUAGAGGAUCUUGGGGUUUUCCUUUUGUUCAUCACAGAUAUUUAGUUUUACCUUUCUGACUUCUUUCAGCACUUGUUGGCGAGGAUGCUAACAGGCGGGCAAGUAUUAUCCUUGGGGGAUAGUCACAGUAAAUUGCAAGAAAAGUCAUAGUCUGAUCAGUAGUGGGGGAUGCCAAGUCCAUGAAACCAUAGUGGAAAAAUACUUAAAUAGAUCAUGUUACUUCAUGUGGCUUGCUUUAAUUUGCAAGUAUACUGUUCUCAGCCAUAUCCUACAUAUAUUUAAAAGACCUGUUGUCGCCCCUGUAGAUUCACUGCAGCAGCAAAUAAAAGCGGGUACUGUGGGUCCUCUGAUGUUCUUUCUAGAAAAGCAGCAAGAGCACAGCACUGCAGAGUUGCCUCAAUAAAGCAAUUAAGAUAGCUUCCUGACUUCCUUCUCCAAACCAAGAAGAAGGUGGAAACAGUUACUGUUGUGUGACUAACUAUUCGUGUCUGACUUCUCACAGUAGCCCUGGUAGUUUAUACUUUAACUUGGCAGCUUUUUAAGGCUGUCAGUGAAAUUAUUUCAGCCGGUUACUAUCACAUUGCAUGUGCAAAAAUCCUGCAAGCUCAUAACUCAUAUAUUUUUUUAAAUAUAAAUAGAAUCUAUGAUUCCUGUGAUAGCCAUGAUAAACAGCUCUAAUUAUCCCUGACUGGCAGAGUGGGUUUCAUCAAAGCAUGCACAAUUAUUAUUUGUCUGACUGCAAUGCCCAUGAGCCCAAAUAAUGUCCUGAAACCACACUGUGCAAGCCACUAUAUGAAACAUGGUCCCCGCAACAAACAGCUUACAGCUGAAGUCUAAAACAAGACAUACAUAGUAAAGAACAAAGAAACAAUGAGUCAGUUCAAUAGGCUGUAGUUGUAGCAUAUCAUCAACUUGAAUCUUUUUCAAGUUCUUUACAAGCAUCAAAGCAAAAGAGAGUUUUAAGGAGGGAUUUGAAGAAAGAAAAAGAGGUAGCCAUGGACAUUUGCAGGAAGCUCAAGCUAGCUAUGAGCAGGAGCAUGAGAGAAAGCAUGAAAGUAUUUGAAAAUCUAUGAAGUGGGUGAUGGAAGCAGGGGAUGAAGUGGGUGCCACAGGCUAAUUAGAGGUGUGAACUGGUAUCUUAGUACAGAAUGAGAGACAGUAGACAGGAAGGGAUAGACUGUGAAGGACUCUGAAUAUGAAGAACAGUAGCUCAAGUUUGAUCAUGGGCUUUUUUCGAGCGUCUCAUCUUGUAUAUUUGUUUUGACCUCACAUAUUAUUCUAUUAACCUGACACCAGACAAAUCUUAAGCCCUAUCUAUUCCAAUUGAAGUCAGUAAUAAAGCUUCAGUGGGAACAGGAGCAGGCCUUUAGUCUCAGCCACCUCUACUCAAAUUGAGUAAUGUUUUUCUUGUAAAGAUCCACUCAGGACAAGUAAUGAUGGCAGACUUGGGCUUUUCAUGCCAGGUGCAGAUAUUGGAGAGUCCUCCUCUACAGAUAUAGGAUUUUUUUGGUUGGCUCGUUUUUGGUUUUCUGAUUUAUAUUGUUUUCCAGAUCUUCCUCUGCAGCUUUCUAAUCAUUGUUGUCAAAUAAAAUGUAAACUCCUGAAAUUGUACAUCCCCGAAAAAUAAGAAAACAGACUUUCAGUCCAGCCUUGUGAUGCAUCUCAUCUUCACUCAGUAUUCCAUAAAGGGUUGUGUCUGGGUGACAAGACAAUCCUUUAAAAAUGAAAAAGUUCACGCUCUUUGAUUUUGUAAAUGAUAAUUCACUGCAAAUUGGAGAGACCUCAUGGAUACAGGAUCUUCCUAAGGAUGACGGUGAACUAGAAAGGCUUCUGAAGCUAAAUGAACAUGUGCUAGUAAACUGGCCUGUGGGAGAAAGAAAGACAGAGAAUCAUCUUGUUAAAGUUAUAUACAUGAGUGAUGACCCUCAAGAGCUGGUUGAAAUGAUGCAAAAGAUAUUGCAGGCAGAUGAAAUCACAAAAAUACAAGUGCUUGGAAAAGGCAAGAGAAAGAGGAUUGAGAUGAUAUUCUCAGAGAGUGAAGACAGUGACCUGGAUAAAGAGCAGGGGAAAAUUAUGAAGAGUAUAAAAAGAAAGAAAUCAUUGCAGGCCUCUGCCUCUGCCAACAUCCUGAGUCAGCUUGAAACAUCUUUAAUUAACAAGCAGAGAGAACCAUAUUCUGGAAAUGCCUUUCUGUACAGUGAAAGCAGCAGUGAUGAUGAAGAACCCUUGUUUCAACUAUCCAAAGUGGAACUGUGCGCCAAAAUAAAAAGUCUAAAAAGGAAGUUGACAGACACAAUGAGAGAAAACUGCCGUCUCAGGCAGUCAUUGGUCAUGCUUCAAGUGUUGCCACAGGCAGUAACACAUUUUGAGGAACUGGUAGGUAUGGCUGAGGCACUGCUUAAAGGAGGAGUGACCACAUCUACAUCCAGCCUUCAUUCACAGACUGUCUGGAAAGCAUCCAGCAAUUCUUUAGCAGAUUCAUACACAACCAUCCACAGUAACUCAAAUUCACCAAUAGCUUUAAAUGUGGAGGACGAAGAGCAACAGACUGAGAAACAGUUUAAAAUUGAAAAAUGGCAGAUUGCCCUUUGUAAUAAGAGCAAACCUCAGAAGUUUAUAAAUGAUUUGAUGCAAGCACUUUAUACACAUGAGUAUAUGGCCACGCACAGUCUAACAGGGGCAAAGUCCUCCUCUUCAAAGGAUAAAGCAGCAAAACCAGCUAUGAAUCAGAAUGAAGUUCAGGAAAUAAUAGGAAUCACAAAGCAGUUGUUUCCAAAUACAGAUGAUGCUUUAAUUAGGAGAAUGAUGGGACAAAAGUUAAACAAUUGCACCAAGAAGCCAAUUAUAAGCAAAGAUAACUCAGUUACUUUUCAGAAGCAUACCUUUUGUUUAGAUAUGAAUUGUCUCAACCGUGGCUUACCUGCUGCUCCUCCCAGUACUCAGGGCACCAUCCCUUCAGCUCCUCUUCCCGGCACACAAGAUCAGCAGGAUGAUGAUUCACCAGCUCCUCCUUCUAACACGCAAGUUCAGCAAGGUGACAGUUCUCUGGCUCCUUCAUCUCCUACGCUGCAAGCUCAGCAGGGCAGUUUCAAACCAGCUCCUUCCAGCAUGGAGUCUCACCAAGGCAGAAGUUCUCUGGUUUUUCCUUCCAGCCAGGUUGCAGACAGGAUCUCAGGAACUCAGACAAGGAGUAAAAGUGAACCCUUGCAGCACUUCAGAAAGGCCAUGGAUAUUGGGGACACUAGAAAACAGGUAGGCAGUAAUGAUACUUAAUGGUGUGUUCAGAUGCUUGCAACAGUAAGCUAGGAUACUGCAAGUGGAAUAGAGGUUUUGGAACAAUUUUCUGAUGCUUGAUGAAAUUCCCACAGUAUAGAAAAAAUUCAAGGCACUUCAAUAUAUUCAGAUAUAAGAGAUUAUUAAAUACGUGCAUGUUAUACUGUAGUUCAGAACAUAACUUGUUCCAAAAUAAAACAAAGGUUCCCCUGUAAUCAAAUAAAAGGCACAUUAUUUAAGAUAAAUAUAAAUUCAAGAAAAAUGUUAUGGCCUUGCAUUCAUGUCAAUAACAAAUGAAAAGCCUGCUAUAGGUAUCUUUAGUCUUUCAAACAGAAAUUUUUUUAUUAUGAUAUAAAGGGACACAGAUUUGAAACUUGAUCAGUAAAUAAAAUGCAGGUUGUAUCCAAUAAAGUGUUAGGCUGACAUAGGGCAAGAAAACAAGACCUUAGUGAUGCUGUUGAAUUGGAAAGCAGGUUGUAUUUUGGGGAGAUGCAACUGCCCUACAAAGGGAGGAAUAGGAGAAGAAGAAAAGUCUCUUUUUUGCCCCGAAGGAGUUGGGAAGGUACUCGUGUUCCUUUUGGCUUGUAGGCCUGUUAUGACCUGGGAUAGGCUUUCUCUAGAGAGAGUGUGGAGAGAAAGAUCAUCUGGACUCUGAGGAGAACUGGAGCAGGGUGAGAUAGCCCAUAGUGGGCAGAGGGAGGGAGCUGUGGCAGGCAGUGCAAGUAGGCUAAAGGUAGCUUUUUUAGAGAUGCUUUUUUGCAGGUGAUAGGCUAAGCCUGUUUUCUGUAAUACCAGCUCCCUGGAAUAAAUAUUUUAAAACAUCAGACCACCCUGGUCUAAAUAGGACUGUAGGUGGGCAAGAAUAGAUGCAAGAGUACCUUUUAUCUCAGGGGAGAGAGUGUAGGUCUGAGACAUUUCUGGAGGGCCACAGUCAUGGCUUCUUGAGGCCUCUUUCCUAUUGGUUUUUAGAUGACUCGCAAGUCUUAAAUAUAUCUUUCUCACUAAGCAUGAGAAUGAGGGAUUCUGCUCUAGUUUACCUGAACAAGGUCAGGGGGAAUCUGAUAAUAGUCUACAAACACUUGGAGGAUGGAAAUAUGAAUGACACAAAUUAAUUAUUUAGACUGGUUAAAGAGAUAUACAUAAUAGGAUGAAAUUGAGAGAAUAUUUAGAGUUAAUGUCAGGAAAAAAUGCAUUGAAGGUCUGAUGCAUGAGGCUGCAAAAUAAUCUAAGGGGAGUACUGAGUGCUAUUAGCCCUAUUUAUAAGACACAGCACUAAUAAAUGCACUAUGGAAAAGAUUCUUGCAUGGGCAGGGGUAUAAACUAAAUGAUCUAAUACAGGGGAGAGCAAAAUGUGGCCUGGGGGCCAGAUGCGGCCUGCCAGGCAAUUCUAUUCAGCCCAUGGGGCCCCUAAAAAAUUUA